CCCAUUUCUCCUGCAAACAAGACACAUUGUUAAUAUUGUUUCUCUUGCAAUUAAAAAAAGGUAUCGUCCGUAGGAAAAAGAAUCUGCUUUCGUGCCCGAAUACAAUCGGAAUGUAUCUCAUUGUCAGCGGUGCUAAAACACUGCUAUCGAACAAACAAAGGAAGCGAUCGACGUUUAGCGUUUCGAAACAAUUAACGCGUCUCUCGGUCACCGAUAUUCCUCCCUGCCAGUGAACGAAAGCCUGUUCACCGAUAUAAACGGCACGAACAUUCCUGCGAAACCGUGCUUCGUCGGGCUAAUUUGCAGACAAAGUGUACUCUCGAGCGUACGUCGAACCAUUCGAUACGACCGAAUCGCGGGACAAUUUGUUGCGCUACGAGCGUGCGAAUUUCAUUGACACGGUGGCGCAUAAAGUGGACGGAUCGAAAAUGGCUACAGUUUGCACGACGUCGUUGUCGAAGUGUCAGAACGGAAAACUCAAGUUUUGCUCGAGUCAACCGAAAAAAGCCGGCAACUGCGAAUGCAAAAGCGGCGGCCAUGCGAAAUAUGGUUGCGUCCCUUGCAACGGAAAAGAGUCGACCAAAGGAAGAGUCAAGAUCCGGGGAACCAUGAAAACGAUCGCGAGAAAGAAGCCGAUCGCCCCGAGAGUCUUGACCAGGAAGGAGUACGAACAAUUUCGGAUGUGCGGCGACGCUGUCCCGGAAGAAGAUCGCGAACAAGCCCUGAAAGCGGAGGCAGAGAAAAGGGAGAGACUCGUGGCGGAAAGCAUGGCGAGAAAAGAAGAGUUCCGUAAGCUGGACAUGGAGAGACCCCGGGAGAAAAGCGAGGAGCUGGCAGAGAUCGAGGAGGAGGCCAGGAAAAGGACUGGAUACGUGCUGGAGCGAGCGCGUAAUAUGAGACUGGAACAGGAAGAGGAGAUACAGAAGUGUAACAGGAUUAUUUUGGAAACGAAGUGCCGUGCCGUACGCGAUGCACAGUUAGCGGAGAGAAAACUGAUGGAGACCGAGUUGGAGGAAGAGGAGAAGCGUUUGAACGACACGAUGGAGAACGAGAGGAGAUGGGCGAUCAAAGAAGAGCUGAAAAAGGAGCAACAGGAGAUAGCCAAGAAAUUGGAGUUCGCGAACAGUCUGAAGGGCCAAAUACGCGAGAACGAGGAACAAAGGCUUUUGGAUUUUGCUAGGAAGCAGGAGGAAAGCCGACUGAUUAAUUUAAGCAACAUCGCCUGGCAGCAAUCCGAGAUUGCCAAGCUGCAAAACAGGGAGGCCGAUUUCGCCCGAGUUCGACAGGAAAUCGCGGAGGGGAACAAACAAUUGAAACAUCUGAAAGCCAUGGAGGAACAGGAAAAUAUAAUCGUUGAUCUUAGGAUUCGGGAGUACCAAAUGGAGAAACAAGGAAGAGAGGCGAGGCUGGCCGAGGAACGAAGACUGGAGAAACGAAGGAAGGACGAGGAUAAAGCGAAAGUUGCGUCUCAGACGUUGCGAGAUCAGGACACGCAAGCACGAAUAGAGGAGCUAACCGUUGCCCGGAUUCAGGAAGAAGUGGAACGAGAAUGGAGGCAAAAAGAGAAGGAGGAGGCUCUGGGGCGAGCUCGGGCUCGGAAGAGUCUCGCGGAAGAGCGAGAGAAACAGAUCAAUAAUAAACGAAUAAUGCAGGCGAUCGAGAUCGAACGAGAGCGGCGCGAGUUUGAAAAAAUCGUGCGCGUUCAAAAGGAAGCUUUCUGCCGAGAGCAGAAAGAGCUUGAGAAGAAGCAACGGCAAGCCUUGAAGCACAGGAGCGAGAUACUGAAACAGGUAAACGAGAAGGAAAGGAAACGCAUCGAAGCUAGGCAAAAGAUGUUCGAGGAAGGUCUGGCGAUUCGCACGGAGACUGAAAUACGUAAGAAACAAUUGCGGGAAGCGAUGGAGAAGAAAUGUGACGAGAUGAGGAGCAACAAAGUACCUGAUAUGUACAUAAACGAAGUGAAACGAAUGAUCGAGAAUAUCCAUUGAAAAGUACACGUAUAUUUUUAUGUAUAUCUCUGCUUCCGGAGUUCAUAGGCUACCGCUUGUUUCGCGUUAUUUCCAUAACAUGACAACGUUCGGAUCGCGCUCAACGAUAUCUUCUAUCUGUGCCGCCGACUGGCCCGUACUGCAACAUAUUUCGUCGAGGCUAUACGUUCCCGUGAAAUAUUUGUACACGGGAUUGUUUUUCAUCUCGUCGCUGCAAGGCAAUCCUGGCAGACAUAUCGGAUACUGGAAUCAAAAAAAAAAGAGAAAAGGAGGGUGACGAAUUUGUAUAAAGAUAAAAAUAUAGUAAUGUUUCUUUGGUAAAAAUAACAAGGUUGAGAAGUUACACCUUGUACACUCUACGAAUGAGGCCUUCGAUGAGACCAAAUUGUACCAGCCUUCUUUCGUUGAUUCUCAGAUUCUGAGGAUUAAGUCUUUGGCAUAAGUCUCUCAUGCUACUACCGUGUGUCAUGCUCGCGUACAUUCUGUAUAUGUCCCUGAGAUACGCGGGUUGCCUAGCUGUGAAAAACAUAGUUUUGUCAAAUGCAUUCUCCAGCUUCUCCGAAUAUUUACAUUGGAGAUACGAAGCUUACGAAAUUUCGAUGCGUAUGCUAUACAUCGUUCUUGUAACUUGGUAUUUUCUGCCAACACUUUCAAUUUCGAUGUUGCUGCGUAAACGUUGCUAUACUGGAAUAUCGGAAUCAACGUUACCACGCCGUAAUAUCUGAAAGAGAAAUAAUAUUACUUGAAUCGAGUAAACUCUACGAGACGAAUUCUUGCGCGCGUAAAUAUUUACACAAGAUUCUGCACACAGCUCUUAACAAGAUUGUUCUCUACGUCUGCUUCCGCUGCUAUUCGUGCAACGUGAUUAAAUCCAUCGAUAUAAGGCAACACUUGUUGCGUAGUCAAAUCCCACUGAUCGCUCUGAAAUGCUUCGCGGCCUUCGAAGAAUAUCGGUACCUGAUGAUCAAGAACUGGUUUCGGCUCAGGUGCUAACUUUAUGACUUUCAAGUGGGACGUCAUUGUCCCCUCUAAUAAAACAUUAUACUUCAUAUUUUUGAUAUACCUAGGUAAAAGUAUUGGUUUCGAGUACUUUUUACCUGUUAGCGUACACAUUUUGUGCAUAUUUAGAUCCUGCAUUACCUGUUGAAGCAUUUCUGCUAACCUUGUUUUAUCGUCGGAUGCUGACAAAAAACAAUUUUCUAUUUCAAGAGCCAUCUGAAAGAUCGAAGUUACGGUAUAAGUCGAGGAAGCGAGUGUAACAGCGAUUGUAACAAAAGUUCCCAUUGAUCUUUUUUGAACCUUAUAAACAAACGCGCGUUUACCAAGAAGUCGGACAUCUUUUUAACAACAGGUUCGUAGUGUACUGUACGAGCUCCUGCGUCGCAUACGAAGCAUAAAUUAAAAUAAAAAGCA